AUGGCGUCCUACUUCGAGGAGCACGACUGCGAGCCCGGAGCCCCGACGGGGGACCCGCUGCCGCCACGCCACGCCCUGCUGGAGCUGGCCAGGUCCCUCUUCCACGGGCUGGAGAUCGACGUGGGCGCCCUGCAGAGCGGAGACUGGGAUCACCGGCUCCCGCCGCCAGCCGCUCGCAGCGCCGUGGAGGGGCUGCCCGAGGUGCGGGUCGGCGCCGCGCAGGCAGCGAAGGGGCUCCGGUGCCCGGUGUGCCUGCUGGAAUUCGAGGCGGAGGAGACGGCCAGGCAGAUGCCCUGCCAGCACCUCUUCCACGCCGGCUGCCUCCUCCCUUGGCUUGGAAAGACCAACUCCUGCCCGCUCUGCCGCCACGAGCUGCCCACCGAGGACCCGGAGUACGAGGAGUACAAGCAGGAGAAGGUCCGCAAGGAGCAGCAAGUGUACCGGCUGGAGUAUCUGCAUGGCGCCAUGUACACGUGAGCCCCGCCCGGCCCGCGGCACGGACGGUCCCCGUUGCAAGGGGGGGGGGGCACAAAAGCCCCACCCCUUCUCAGUGCUUUUUCUAAGCAAGAACUCAACUCAGCAGAGCUCAGAGGGAUUUUUGACAAAUAAAAAUACCCCAAGGCUUUAUUUCCAAGGCUGGGGUCCUUUUGGCCUUGUUGGGACAGAGAGGAGGGGAAUACCCCUCCCCAAGUGGGCUGGGGGCAAAAAACAAGAGCAUUCAGUGGGUUUCUCCUCCUUUUUCCCACUUCCUCUCCUUACCUCCCCCCCAGCCCUAUGAAUUCUCCCAACUGGCUGCAGGCUAGAAAUUCAGCUGCAGCUUCUCCCUGAAAGCUGUACCAGCUGAGCUGUCAUUUGGGGAGGUGGAGGGGAGAAGGCAAGCUGCCAAGGAGAAAAACCUUGUGAAGGGCCAUCUAUCUAGAAAAUAUAAUAAACAUAAAAACAAAAUGUUAAAAUACAUCAUACUCUACAAAAUAGAGUAUAGAGUACUCUAGUAUAGAGUAUACACCUUAGCAAUUCCCAGGAUCGGGAAGCCUCCUUUCCCCAAGACCUGCCUGUUAAAUUAAACUGCAUUGCAGAGA